AUUCCAGUUUCUCAACGUGCUAUACGAUAGCAAGAUUGGCUUCUUACACGUUUCUCGUUCCGAGAUAUACAUACACAUCAUCCAGCACCAACUUGUAGCAAGCCAUGCCACGAUGGGAACGAUGGGAGCAAUUCAAACGUCAGAUCUUUGCCCGCCGUCGUCACGCCAAGCCAAAGAUUAUGUCCGAGGCGGCAGUCAAGUCGACCACUACCACGGUGGUGAAAAGCUUUGCAUCCACCAACGUCAAGGCCAGCAGCCCAUCCGCGGCUCAAGCGGCCAGCGGUAGCCGAACUACAACUAAGAAAUUUUCCCACACCAGCGAUUACAAGCAGAUUCUGAAUCGGCUGAAAGUGGAUUUUGAAAAGCGAUACAACAACGUAAAAGCCUCGACCGAUGGGGGCCUGCAGGAUUACGACGUGCUGAAAACGCUCGGUACGGGCGCAUUCGGGGUUGUGAAACUAAUACGUAAAAAGAACACCGAGGAGUACUCAGCGCUGAAGAUUCUCUCCAAAGAGAAGAUCGUCCGCCACAAGCAGCUGCAGCACACGGCCAACGAAAAACGGAUAUUGCAAAGCGUGGAGUUUCCAUUUCUGGUAAACAUGGAAUGCUGCUUCAAGGAUAAUUCCUUCAUCUAUCUGGUGAUGCCGUUCGUUUGUGGUGGUGAGAUGUUUGCGCUGCUAAGGAAGUCCAAACGCUUCGGCGAGGAGCAGGCUAAGUUCUACGGGGCUCAGGUGGCCCUGGCCAUCGAGUACCUGCACCAUAUGAAUCUGAUCUACAGGGACCUGAAGCCGGAGAAUAUUCUGAUCGACACGAAGGGUUACGUGAAGAUAACCGAUUUCGGGUUUUGCAAGUUGAUUCGCGACCGAACGUGGACACUUUGUGGAACGCCCGAGUAUCUGGCCCCGGAGAUCAUCCAGUCCAAAGGAUACGGCAAGAGCGUCGACUGGUGGUCCUUUGGCAUCCUUCUGUACGAAAUGGCGGCCGGUUAUACGCCGUUCUACACCAGUUCCAGCGACCAUAUGGUGCUAUUUGAAAAGAUUUGCAAGGGAAAGUUCCGAUUCCCGGCGGGUUUUGGCAGUGAUCUGAAACACCUAGUGCAGAACAUUUUGCAUGCGGAUCUAACUAGGCGGUUUGGAAAUUUGAAAAACGGUGCCAAUGACAUCAAACAGCACGUCUGGUUUCGCGGGACGAACUGGAUCGGACUGAUGAAUGUAGAAGUUCCGGCCCCAUUCAUACCGAAGGUCAGCGGUCCUGGGGACACUUCCCAGUUCGAUGUCUACGAUGAACAAGAUUUGAAAGUAGCCUCAAAAUGUAUGUUUAUUAAGGAGUUUGCAGAUUUUUAAUUAAUGUUUUACUACUCGUACUUACAACAUGAUAAAGAUAUAAAUAUAACAUUUUCUUC